UAGAUCUUGGUGCUAAUUUUCCACAAAUAAUGCAGAAGGGAAUAAUUUCAUCUUGGACGCGUCUUCCUCAGUGGGGCCAUCAACGACUUGAUAACACAAGUGCUGCUCAGUGGACAAGAGUGCUUCUUUAGCACCGCUGUUCCUUAGCUAUUGCUUUGCCGGCUGCCAUUACAAGAGCACUGAUACAGCUGUGUACUUCAAUACCUUCGUUUGAUAACUUGCUUGCUCACCUUGUCUCCAACCAUGGCCUUGGCUUUCGCUGGUAAAGCUGUGGCUGUCUCAGCUAUCUCUGCGAUUGUCCGCAAGUCUUUUGAAUACCUGGAGAAGUAUACAAAAGCAGAGGGGAUGAAGUCGGUGAAGGAGAAGCUGGAGAGGACUCUCCCACAGGUGCAAGUAGUCUUUGAUGCCAUCGAUAUGGAGCUGGUGAGGGACCAAAGCGAAGCGCUUGAUGCAUGGCUUUGGCAGCUCAGGGAUGCUGUCGAGGAGGCCGAGGAUGUUCUUGAUGAAGUGGAGUACUACAAGCUUGAGAGAAAGGUGAAAACUCGAGGUAAUAAGGCGAGUAGUUCUCUGUACAAGUGUAAGUGGAUGUUUAUCCAACAGUUCAAUACUAUGCUUAAGGUUGGUACUUAUAAGAAAAUGGUAGAUGCGAUGAAGAAACUUGAUGAGGUUGCUGCUUCUGUGGAGCGUUUCGUACUACUCGUGGAUCGUUUUGGUCCAUCGAGUUUGAGGCACAUAUGUCAUCAGGAAAUUGGUAAUCCUCGCGAGACUAGUUCUUUCUUGGUUGAUGAAACAAUUAUUGGCCGUGACACUGAGAGAGAUCUGGUAGUUGAAUGGUUGGUCAAGCAAGAAAGUGAUGAUAUUCAAAAUCACGACGGUUGCAAUGUCGCCACUUACGCUAUAGUUGGCAUAGGAGGCAUGGGCAAGACGACACUAGCACAAGCAAUCUACAAUGACCAAAGAGUGAAGAAAUACUUUGAUCAUAUUAUAUGGGUGUGUGUCUCCAAUGAUUUUGAUGUUCAUGGUCUGACAAGAAAGAUUGCACAAGAAAUGACUGGACGAGGUACCGAUAUCACUUGUCUAAAUACACUUCAAGAGAUUAUCAGAGGGAAGCUGAACUCCAAGAAAUUUCUGCUUGUAUUUGAUGAUGUAUGGAAUGAUGAGAGAAGAACUGACUGGGAGAAGUUAGUUGCCCCUCUGAAAUUUGGCCAAAAGGGAAGCAGGAUCUUAUUGACAACUCGAAUGCAAUCUGUUGUAGACAUUGUUGAAAGAGUAGUAGGAGCAAGAACUAAGUCUUUGAGAUUGGGGGGUCUACGGGAUAACGAUCUUUUGGCACUUCUGAACAAACAUGCAUUUUUUGGAUUAAAUCCUAAUGAGUAUGUGAACUUGCAAGAUAUUGGAAAGAAAAUCAUUAAGAAGUUGAGUGGAAGCCCUUUAGCUGCGAAGGUAUUGGGUGGGCUGUUGAACAACUCUAUGGAUAGUAUAUACUGGAACCGAAUGUUAAAAGAAAAUAUCUCUACUAUAGAGCAUGGUAAUGAAGGUGUCAUGAAAGUUCUAAGAUUAAGUUAUCACCAUCUUCCCCCGUAUCUACAGGCUUGCUUCAGAUACUGCAGCAUGUUCCGCGAAGAUUAUAGGUUCACGAAAGAUGAACUGGUUAAGUUUUGGAUGGGCUCAGGACUAAUCCAGCUAUCUGUAGAUGAAGAUCAGAUGCCAGAGGAUGUGGGAGAAUAUUAUUUGGGCAUGCUGACAAGGAAGUCUUUCUUUGAACUGCAGUCAGAAGAGUCCAGUGAUAUGUGUAAUCGUGGUGAGGUUUCUCAUGAAUACUAUGUGAUACAUGAUUUAUUGCAUGAGCUAGGGCGUGCCGUUUCCAAAAAAGAAUGUAUCAGAAUUUCCAGCAAUGAUUAUGGUAGUAUUCCAAAAACAGUUCGCCAUGCAAUAAUUACAGUGGAAAACCAUAGACUGUUCACAGAUUUCUCUGCACUAAAGAAACUGCGUACCCUGGUUAUAUCAUUUGGUAACACAACAAAGAAAAGGGAUCAGUGGGUUGUACUGGAAAAAGUGCUACAAGUAGCAAAAAAAUUACGGGUUCUGCGAGUGCAGAGAUCCUCACUUUACAAGCUGCCUGAUGCAGUUGGUAAUUUAACGCACCUUCGUUAUUUGUAUCAUCGGGGACCGCUGAAGGAAGUGACAAAAUAUUCAUUCUGGCGUCCUUGCUGGUUAUACAAGUUAUAUCAUCUCCAAAUGAUACAGUUGAAUAGAUGUUUGUUACUAUCCUGGAAACUUGGAAAUUUGGUUAGUCUGAGAUACUUUUCUGGUCACCUAAUUGGAUAUCCAACUUUUAUUGGAGACGUAACUUCUAUUCAACACUUGGAUUUUGAUGUCCCACCUCGCCAUGGUUUCCUGGCAUGUGAGCUUGAGAACCUAAAAUGUCUCCGUCAUUUAUAUGCCCGUGGGCUUGAAAAUGUCAAUGCACGGGAAGCUACUUUGGCCAAGCUGUGUGAAAAGGAAAAUCUCAUUAUGUUGUCACUCACUUGGCAUAGUGGCCAACUUGAAGCAGAUACAGAGGAACGAGUACUCAAUAGCCUUGAACCUCACAUAAAUCUUGCCAAGCUGAAGAUUGAAGGAUAUAAUGGUAUGAGAUCUCCGAGUUGGAUGGAAAAUCCCAUGCUCACCAACUUGACAUACAUUUCACUCUCAUGCUGUAACAACUGGCAACACCUUCCACCUCUAGGCAGGCUACCUUCACUCAAGUAUCUCUACCUAGCAGAUAUGGAUGCAGUGAAAAUAAUAGAAGAUUCAUUUUAUGGCUGUGACAGUACUUUUGCCUUCCCAUCUCUCAAGUUGCUCUCAAUUGAAAGUCUUCCAUCGCUAGAGGAGUGGGUUGAAGUGGAGGGUAUGAUUAUGUUUCCGCGGCUCGAGGAACUAUUCAUUAGAAGAUGCAGGGUAUUGAGAAAUAUUCCAGCAUUACCAUCUAGUCUUGCCUAUCUUGAAAUAAGUGACGUUGGUUUGUCUACUCUUCCUGCAACUUAUCAUUCUAGUCAAACAGCAGUACCCCAAAAGCCAUUACGAUCCCGGCUGAAGAUCUAUAAUUGUUCAAACCUAGUCACACUAGGCCAAGAGUACUGUUUUCUCUGUCUUGAGGAAUUAGACAUUCAGUAUUGUGGAAAUCUGUUGUAUCUGCCAAUGGAUCGGUUGCAGGCACUCCCACUUCUCAAAAGUUUGACAGUGCUGGAUUGCCCAAAGCUGAUGGCACCGCAGGCAGAUAUCAGUUUGCCAUCGUCUAUCAGAGAGCUUUAUAUUGCUCGAUGUGGUUUUUACAGCACUUGUCUACUAAACACCCUGUGCAGACUCACUUGCCUUACUACUCUGCGUUUAUAUGAUUGUGCGAUAGCAGCUGCCCCACCUGAAGAUAUCAGUUUGCCAUCGUCAAUACGGAAGCUUCAUAUUAUUUCAUUUGGUGUUUAUGAGACCUGUCUUCUCAAUUCCCUGUGUAGUCUCACUUCCCUAAGUACUCUUUGUUUAAGUAAUUGUGCGAUGACAACCCUUCCAUCUGCAGAAGUUUUUAGGAGUCUCAGAUCUGUGCAGCAUUUGGAAAUUGUGCGCUGCAGCGAGCUUUCUGGGUUAGAUGGAAUAGAAGAACUCGCAUCCCUCACGGAGUUAGUUGUCGAUGGAUGCGAGAAGCUUCUUAGCAUAUCGUCUCCAGAAAUGUUUCAAGUUUCUGAUCCUAGUCAAACUGCUAGUGUCUUUCCUUCACACCUUGGAAGACUUCACAAGCUGAGAAUCAGCAAUCCAUUUCCCUUGCAAUGUGAGCCGUUGAGAAGAGCCAACUCAGUUAAAGACUUGACUAUUCAUAGCGGCUCUAGAUGUUUACCUGAGGAGUGGUUGAUGCAAAACUGUAACCAUCUUAAACACCUGGGAGUGCUUGAUGCUUCUCAACUGGAGUGUGUACCUUCAAUCAUGGCAAGGCUCACCUCCCUCGAAACACUGGAAUUUAAAGGAGCUAUACUGAUCCAGUCACUUCCAGAGCUGCCUGCCUCCUUACGAGUUUUACAAUUCCUCGGUUGUCACCCUGUACUGAAGCAACGAUGCAGAAAGAGAAGAGGUUGUGACUGGCAUAAGGUUGCUCACAUCCCUUAUCUGCAGAUUGUACAGGAUUCUCGAUCAUCAUAUUCCUGGAAUUCCAACUAUAUUCUGCCUUGAUUCUUGUAAAACUCUGCCCUAUAUGUAUCGGGUGUUCACACUAACGUGAAUGUGAUCCCUCGGCCUUUCUGGGCGCCAAGAUCACCUCCGGCGACACGCUGCUACUCUGGGCAGCCACGUUCGGCACCGCGACGACCUGCCCGUUGGAGCACGGCGUCGACCGGACUCCGAUGACGACACCCCGCUCCACAAGGGUACGCAUGGGGCAACUCGCGCGCUGGCCUUCCGCCGUUCCGCGUGUUUGCGUCGCCGGCGUGCACAUUUAUUUUGUCGCUGCCGAAUCGACGCUUGCGUGCGAGGAUGACAAAUAGGAGUGCGCGUGGGCAGCGGCAAUGCCAACGGCAACGGAGGAAUGACAGGGGGCCUGGACUCCCGAGCGGCUUCAGACGAGCAACUGCUGCCGGAGGAAGCUCCGCCGUCGCCAGCAGACUACCCGAGGAGCACCAGGGUGCCAAGGCUCAUCUACUCUGCGACUCCAUCGAGCUCGGAGACCACCAGAGGGAAGGGGAUUUUUCCUUUUUUGAGGAGUUGGCAAUUGUUUGGCUGUACUCCCCCUUCUAUUUAGUCUACAUUUAAAAAAAAAAAAGAUAAAUUAGUGUUAUAUUUAUUAGUACUGAGCAACCAAGCCAAGCUACAUUGAAAAUAGCAAGGAAAACCACUUCGUUUUCACUGUUGUUGUUGAUUUAAAAUUAGAAUGUAGAGUAUUUUAGAAUAAAUUUUAAACCUAGAAUUUAGAGUAUUUCAGAACGGAGAGAGUAAUUGAUAAUUGUGGUUCAACAGAAAUUUGCAAGAGAAGCCCAUAUGUGAGUCUACCUUGACCGUUCA